AUGGAUACAUUCACAGUCUUGACUGCUCUCAUCGUAAUCUUUGUUUUCUCUUUCCUAACUCUCCGAUUAAUCAUCAAAUACUGCAAACCAUGGUCUUCGACAGUAGCAUCCUCACCAUCAGCCACAGACACGGAGGCACCCGAUUUCGCACGUGUCGGAAAUCAUCUGUUCGUCUCAAACACUCCACACACAUACAGUCGAAUCUAUGUGGAUGAGUCUUCAAAUGUUCGAAGUGUGACCAUAACUCGAAUCUCCCCGCCUGGUCAACACAUUGUCGGUUAG